AUGGAAGGAGUCAGCUACAGCGACCCAGGAGUCUGUUCAGAUGGAUCCUGGAGAGUGGGCAUGACCCAGGAUGCACUGGGAAUGCCCCAGGAGCAUUUGGAUGAGUUGAAGAGAUGGGCACAAACAGGGAGCGUCUACCUGCGCGGCCCCGGAGCCCCUCCUCUUCUGCCUCCCUCCUCGCUCCCCCUCCUCUCCUCUCCGCUCUCCUCACCCUCUCCCAGGUCGGAGUUUCAGCCUGUGCACUCGUCGCAGCGCGGAUGA